GUGCUAUCACGCCGGCCAUUCUUUUCAUUCUUACUCUUUCCCUCUUUCAUUACCGGACUCACCUUUACUUUGUUCAUCAAACAAAGGAAAUGAACUUAUAAUUGAACCUAUUUUUUACAACUCCACAUGAACUCUUCGUGUUCAACGUUUCUAGUCAUUUCAGGCGGAUCCGCUUGCAAUCACAUUUGUGAUGUAUUCGGUCGAAAUGUAUCUUUUGUGCUUGGUAUCAGCGACAAUGGAGGCUCAACCAGCGAAUUAUUGAGGGUUUUAGGCGGGCCUUCAAUUGGUGAUCUACGAUCCCGCCUCAUCAGACUGAUGGAUGUGCAUCAUGGUGACGCUGCCGAACACACUGCUAUUCGAGAUCUCCUGAGCUAUCGAUUGCCUUCUGAAGGCGACGAGUACAUCAUCAAGGAGGAAUGGGCCACUAUUGUUGAAGGGCAUCACAGAUUAUGGACUCCUAUUACCGUGGAGAAAAGAGAGACGAUACGAGGCUUUCUCACCAUGUUUGACUAUGAACUCCUCAAGAGAGCCAACAAACGAUUCAACUUUCGCAAUGGAAGUAUUGGCAAUUUCUUCCUCACCGGGGCUAGACUGUUCUUUGGUUCAUUAGAAGCCGCUAUUUUUCUAUUCUCGGCCAUCACUGGCAUUAAGGAGAGCAUGAGGGUCAUACCGGUCAUUAACACCAAUCAAACAGCUACCAUCAGUGCAGUUCUAGAAAAUGGUGAUACCUUACAGGGUCAAUGCGAAAUAUCUCAUCCUCCAUCCACCGGCUGUUCCGCUCGUAAACGCAUCGGCAAUCCAAUCGACUUGUUUUCACCAGAAGCCGCCCUUUUUGAUAACCCACCAAUCGAGGACUACUAUAAUGGAAAUCUUGUUUUCUCCAAACAGGCUUGUCAGCAACUGAACUCUCGGAUACGACGUAUUUACUAUAUGAAUGAAUUCGGUCAAGAAAUAUACCCCAUCGCCAAUGCCAAAUUCUUUGACGCUAUCAAAUCCAAGUCCACCUUGGUAUACUCUAUUGGCUCUCUGUACACUUCUAUCAUCCCGUGCCUCAUUUUGCGCGGAGUCGGCGCCGCCAUAUCUCAGUCGUCCAGUCUAAACCAAAAAAUUCUAAUCCUCAACGGCAGUAACGAUCGUGAGACAGAAGGGUACAACGCCAUUGACUUCAUUCGUGCCAUCACGAGCGCACUAAAUGAAAGCCAGCUAAUUGAUGCUAGAAGAAAGUUUUACGAGUGUCUUAACACGGAACGACCUCCAUCGCCUACCAGUAUUACGGAUUCGCUGCCAGUUUCCCAGGAAUAUUACCCUCCCGUCAGUCUACCCAAUACUCCUCCAGGCUAUCCUCCAUUUCCAAAUCACCUUUUCUCCGCUAGCCCUCCUUCUCGAUACAUGACGCAUCUCAUUUACCUCAGCAACAGUGAGAUCCACGUAGACGUACCAUCUAUAGAAGAAAUGGGAAUCCAGUGUAUCAUGGUCAACGGCACAGUACUUUCCGAUGGAAAGCCUGCGUUUGAUUCCGAUGUAUUGGAUAUCGCCAUGAAAGAGAUAACAAAUACAUCUUCAUGUUAAUAACUUACCACAUCCCCAGAAAGAUGUGGUUGCCGUACUUGCUUUUUUUCAUUUCAUUUGCUUUUUUUUUUGGAUUUUUUUUUCUGUUGCAUAGUAUUUUUUUCUAAAAAUUAAAAAUAAAAGAAAAAAGAAACAAUAUCAACAUGGUAAAGAUAUAGAACGACAGA